AUGGUGCGUCUGAGCAGACACGAGCAGGAACGCUGCCGGCAGCGCAGACAGCAAUGGCUGGAGAAGUUUCUACCUCGAGUGCACGCAGCCACACGCCCCAACUCUUCGUACUUGGAGAAUCCCGAGGUGUUGGAGCUGCUUCAGCACCUUUCAGACGCCGUGAAUGAACUGCUGAUGGCGAGACCUUUAUCGCCGCUACCGUGGUUAGCUGACUACCUGCGUCGAGCCUGCAAAUUGGCUUAUGUUCUCCAGCCGACCGUGUCCGAGGCCUUGAUGCUCGAGAUGCAUAGGAAGAGACGAGUGAUUCAAAGCGCUCUUCGUGAUACCAAACAAGACGAACUGGAGAGCAAGCGCUUGAUCCGCAAGAUCAUCGCGCUCGAGCAAGAACUAAAGCUCGUGGGUCGAGAACGCCGACUCAAGAAGGUCGACCACGCGUUCUUGGCCUGGGAGGAGCCCUCACUGCAGUCCAACUGGAGCAUCAACACCAGCAAAACUGAAUCGCCCGAGUCAUCCCCCGUUGAGAGACGUAAGUCUUCCGUUGCCUUACUCGCAGCAUCACCCGUGCUCUUCAAGACCAACUUCGAGCUGACGCGCAAGCUGGACGAGAUCAAAGAGGCCCAAAGCAAGAUGCACACGCGACUUCAAGCCAUGCAGCGAAUGUUCACAGACCUCGAACUGGAGUUGACCACGCGCAACCGCUUCAUCGUCAAGCUCUCCGAGUCGCACGUGACUACGAGGACGCAGGCGAUCAUGGAUGGCACGCCCGUGUUUCUCAACUCGCAGAAGCACUGGGUCUUUCCUGGGUUCCUCCUAAACCCUCGAACACUCUCGGUCGCUGAGCUGCAAGGCUUACGACGUGCCGAGUGCUUCCUCAUGGAGAAGGACGAGAUGCGAUGGAAAUUCCUGCUACGCGCUCAGCUCGAAUACGACUCGGCCACUUUGAUUGCGAGUAUGUGGCGAGGUCGACGAGCGUAUCACGCCUUCCAGGACCUAUUGAGUCGACGAAGACGCGCCGCUACGUUGAUUCAGCGCAACUACUUCCACUACCUCUUCACGCGCGCCAUCAGUCUGCCGCGUUGGUGUCGGCCGGGUCGCGAGGUGAUCGUAGCGCCCAGUAUCGCCCAGAAGUGCGCGAUAUCGUUCCAGUUCUACCCGAAGAGAGACUUCCCCGCCGGCAACUAUCGUCGUGAACCGAAAGGAACGAGCAUCGCUGAGCUCAUGGAGAUCGCUCGACAGGAUGAAAUUUGCGCGGGGUUCACGACGGACGGUGCGUUCAAGCGAUUCCUCCCUCGAAUGCUCUCUCAGCUCAAGCCCAUGGCACCCCCUCCAAAGAAUAAGCACGACAGUGAAUCGGACGAUGAAGAAGAAGAAGAAGAAUCGCUGACUGCAGAGGACGGUCUCUAUGUGAAGGUAUUCCCUAAGAAAGGUGAUAAGCAUGUCAACUCGGCCAUUAUCGUGGAGGUGCCGGAAGAUCGUUUCGGGUUGGUUCGCGUUGUUCUCGACGGCGUCGCCAUCACGGAGCUCGUUCCCGUCACGAAGCUCACGGACCGCUGGAAACGAAUCCGAGUCAAGCGCGUAAAGCCCAAGCAGAGGAGAAAGACGCGCGCGAUUGUCUUCGCCAAGGGAGCCCCGAGUAUUUAUUCCGACGACAACGAGAACGAUUCUCCAAUUGUCGAGCCGGGGACGCCUGACACGACGUACGAACGCAUUGAAAGCGAUGAAGAAGAAGUUGAGGAGAGCAUUGAGAAGGAAUGGCGGCGCCAACGACGUUUACUUCGAAGACGACAACAGAGUCAAGAAAGAAGAGAAGAUGGAGGAGAAGAAGAUGACGCACCCGAUUAUAUUUUCGAGGACUUGGUCACUGGCCGCAUAAUGCGUCGAGGACACCCCAAGAACACGCACUCCGACCCUGGAGUUCGUGCGCAUGUGAUUGCUACUCGUAAGAAAGAGUACGAGGACGAGAAGGACCGUCAAUUCGAGGCCAAGAAGGUCGCCUGCGCUGUCAAGAUUCAAUGCGCGUGGCGCUGCAAGCGUGCGCGUGAACAUUUCCAUCAGAUGCUGGUCUUGAGGGCGAAGGAGCGAGAACGCGAACGACUUGUGGACCAAGUGAGCGCUGCCAACGCGCACAAGAAGAAGACGAAGCCUGGAAAGAAAGGAGGGGAGUCGUCGUUUUUCUCGAGGUGGAGAAAGUAG